AUGGUCUGUGAAAAGUGUGAGAAGAAACUGGGGAAGGUUAUAACCCCAGAUCCAUGGAAGGCUGGCGCAAGGAACACCGUGAGCAGCGGCGGAAGAAAAUUGAAUGAAAAUAAGCUCUUGACUGCCCCGUACACGAAGAGCUUCCGUAAAUGCCGUAUCUGUGCUCAAAGCGUCCACCAACCGGGAUCGCACUACUGUCACUCGUGCGCCUUUAAAAAGGGCAUUUGUGCAAUGUGCGGAGUGCGAUUGGUCAAUACAACUAACUAUCAGCAAUCAGCCGCAUAG